UUCAGGCGACGCUGCCAGCGUGACCUAUAAUCUAGUGGACGGUUCUUCAUAAACAGCUCGUCAACCACCUCGGUAGCUUGCUAACUAACAUAGCCGAAAGAUUCAAGCUAUUUAUACGCUUUCGGUGUAUAUUAGCUACUGUGUUUUCGACACACUUCUGUGUCUAAACUUGUUAAUCUAUUUAAUUUAAUAUUACGUUAUUUUGUAUUAGUCAGCUAUAGUAGCUGGCUGGUUUAGUUAGCACUAGCCUAGUCGCUAAUGAUAGCUAGCUAACAUCCCCGACCAUGAGUUCACUCAACUACUCUCCUCCUGUUCAAGAAGAGGAGGUCUGCUGGACGGAGAAAGAGGGUCUGUGGCUGAACAUUGUUGUGAAAGAGGAGAAGGAAGAGGAGGAUGUCACAGUUAAACAAGAAUUAGGGGGUGAGGCUGUUACAGUGAAAGAAGAGGAGAAAAACGUUAGAGUGAAAGAGGAGGAAGAUGUUACAGUAAAAGAAGAGGAGGAAGAUGUUACAGUAAAAGAAGAGGGGGAUGAGAAAGAGGAGGAUGCAGUUUUUGGAGUAAAGGAGGAGGGGGAGAUGACUGUCACGUUGAAAGAGGAAGAAGAGGAGGUUGGAGAUCUGUUUCACACCAGAGUGAUACUUAACUAUUGUGGAUCCUCUGGGGAGCCUCAACAACCUCAUGAUGCUGAAGAGGCAGAGAAGAGUCUCUCUGGAUCAGAACAACUCAAUAAACACCUGCAGAGAUCCACAGGGAAGAGAACUCACUGCUGCUCUGACUGUGGGAAGAGAUUCACCUCAUCAGGUAUUAAAAUUCAUCAGAGAACACACACAGGAGAGAAAUCUUAUAGCUGUGGUCAAUGUGGGAAGAGUUUUGGUCAAUCUGGCCAUCUGACGCAACACCAGAGAACACACACAGGAGAGAAACCUUACAGCUGUGGCCAGUGUGGGAAGAGUUUUGGUCAAUCUUGCCAUCUGACUCAACACCAGAGAACACACACAGGAGAAAAACCUUACAGCUGUGGUCAAUGUGGGAAGAGUUUUACAACAUCUCGCUCUCUGGCUCUACACCAGAGAACACACACAGGAGAGAAACCUUAUAGCUGUGGUCAAUGUGGGAAGAGUUUUUGUCGAUCUGGAGAGCUGACAGUGCACCAGAGAACACACACAGGAGAGAAACUUUAUAGCUGUGGUCAAUGUGGGAAGAGUUUUGGUCGAUCUGGAGAGCUGACAGUGCACCAGAGAACACACACAGGAGAGAAAUCUUAUAGCUGUGGUCAAUGUGGGAAGAGUUUUGGUCAAUCUAGCCAUCUGACUCUACACCAGAGAACACACACAGGAGAGAAACCUUACAGCUGUGGCCAAUGUGGGAAGAGUUUUGGUCAAUCUAGCCAUCUGACUCUACACCAGAGGACACACACAGGAGAGAAACCGUAUAGAUGUGGUCAAUGUGGGAAGAGUUUUGGUAGAUCUGGCCAGCUGACAUCACACCAGAGAACACACACAGGAGAGAAACUAUAUAGCUGUGAUCAGUGUGACAAGAGAUACUCUGAUAAAAGAUCUCUGGUCAAACAUCAGACAAUGCAUACAUGAAGGAGCGGGGCGGCAGUGUAGCCUAGUGGUUAGAGCGUUGGACUAGUAACCGGAAGGUUGCGAGUUCAAACCCCCGAGCUGACAAGGUACAAAUCUGUCGUUCUGCCCCUGAACAGGCAGUUAACCCACUGUUCCCAGGCCGUCAUUGAAAAUAAGAAUGUGUUCUUAACUGACUUGCCUGGUUAAAUAAAGGUAAAAUAAAAUAAAAAGGAGUUAUUUUGUGAUAUCAAUUAAUUAAUGUCACAAUAUAGAAUGUUUUGAUGUUGUUAGUAUUUGAAGGAAUUUCACAAUGUAGAACCCUAAACAUUUGCCCCAUUGAAUUGAUUUCAGCGUGAUAUGGAUAUUAGCCUUGGAAAAAUCCACGCUCUGAAUUGAAAGAGUACUAUUUAUGUGAUUUAACAAAAAGUGACUAACACAAAAAGAGUAGUGUUACGCUUACCAUGUUGGUGACCCACUUGAAUCAAAAUGCAACACUUCAAAAUGUAGCUACCUGUUUUCUACAAGUUGUCCUCUAAACAAUGAUGUACACAUUAUUCCCAGAUUCCGUGUGGUUUUUGAGCUGUUAGUUUUAACAUCCUCUCUGCACAAUUGAUUUUGACAUGAUAUCGAUGAGUGAUGACAAAUAAGUGUUGCAUUCCUUUGUUUAGCGACCUCUAUAUUUAAAUGCAUCACUCCAAAAUGUAGCUGACUGUCUUCUGCAGGUUGUCCUCUAACCAGUGAGGUAAAAGAUAUCUCCUAUUUCCAGGUGUUUUGUUUAGUUGUGUUCGUUUCAACAUCAUGUACAUCCUGAUUUCCCCCCAAAUCGAUAUCAGUGAUUUAUACAUAUUACUUUGUUCUAUAUUAUGCAUACGAUACAUAUUAACAAAGGGGUGUACAUUUGGGUUUGAUAUUUCAUAUUUACAAUUCAUGUAACAUUUAGUAAUCAUAAUUAUUUAUGUAAUCAACUGACCAUUUUUGGGUAUAAUUAUAUUGACGUUGUUGCCCUUCUUUUAGAAUAUCAGGAUUCAUUCUCUUUUAGAAUAUCUUUUAGAAUACCCCACCUGUUUAGUUUUUUUUGUCAGUGACUUUGUUAGUUCCCUCUUCUAUUUAAGUGAGUUUUAUGGUUUUCUUGCUGGGUAUCUCACAACAAACAAUGUAGUAAAACAAGCUUAUAUUUUGGGUUGAAGCAUCCAGUUCUUGCUAAUCAAAGGCAUUUGCUUGAAAUGUUCAUUAGUCUUUCAGUUGUUGUUCUGUUUGCUGUGUAUGUUAUUAUUAUUAUUUUUUGUUGUUGUGACGUGCUGUUUAAUUAAAGCUUGGUUUGAACAUAUUGCAAAAUAAAUGGAACCAAUCAACAGA